AUGGACGCGGAGGAUGGCGGGGUGGCCAAUGGGCCGGCCAAAGGCACGCAGCAAGACAUUGAGGCGGGCGCUGCGGCAACAGAGAAGGGCAGCGUGAAGCCUGACAAGGAGGAGCUGCUGCAGGAGCUGGCUCAGGAUGCCGAGGUGUUUGCGCAGUCAAACGCCUGGCGGGCGGGCACAGAGGACGGCAAGGCCACCCGCCGCGCCAACUCCAUGCUCGACUCGGUCUCCAGGCUGCAAGCCAUGGAUGCAGGCGGCAUGUCGUUUGUGCGCCUCAAGCGGGUCAUCCACGUGACGCUGCAGUGGGAGAGCCUGACCUACACGGUGCUUGUGGGGCGGCGCAAGAAGCGGGCCACCAAGACGGUGCUGGACGGCGUCAGCGGCCAUCUGGCGCCCGGCCGCCUGCUGGCUGUCAUGGGGCUCACCGGCAGCGGCAAGACCAGCCUGCUGAACGCGCUGGCGGGGCGGCUGCCGCGCGGCGGCAAGCUGGAGGGGGAGGUGCUGGUCAACAGCCAGCCCCGCCUGCGCGGCUUCCGCAGCAUCGCGGCCUACGUUCUUCAAGACGACGUGCUGUUCCCCACGCUGACUGUGCGGGAGACGUUUGAGUUUGCGGCCAACAUCCGCCUGCCCGCCGCCAUCACCAAGCAGACGCGCACGCAGCUGGUGGACGACAUCAUCAGCGAGCUGGCGCUGGGCAAGGCGGCGGGCACGUACAUUGGAAGCGCGUUCAUGCGGGGCGUGUCGGGCGGGGAGCGCAAGCGGUGCAACAUUGGCGUGGAGCUGCUGUCCAACCCGUCCCUCAUCUUCCUGGAUGAACCAACCAGUGGGCUGGAUGCCUUCCAGGCGCAGAAUGUGAUGGAGGCGCUGUGGACGCUGGCAGGCAACGGCCGCACGGCGAGGAGCCUGGCAAGGGGGAUCAGGCCCUGGGCGCUCAGGAGGCUGCGCACGAUGUUUGACCAGCUGCUGCUGCUGUCGGAGGGGCGGGUGAUGUUCUUUGGGCCCGCCGCCGAAGCGGUCGACUACCUGGCACAGGCGGGGUUCAAGUGCCCGGCACAGUUCAACCCCGCCGACUUCUUCAUGGAUGUCACCAGCAUGGACUACCGCACGCCCGACAGCGAGGCGCUGACGCGGCGCCGCAUCCAGCUCCUGGGAGACCUGUACCAGCGGCAGGGGGCGGCCACCGCGGCGCACGUGGAGGUGGGCGAGAGCAGCAAGCGCGACAUGCUGCAGGCCAACAAGGACGAGCAGUUCGCCAACAACGUGUUGACAGAGUUCCAGCUGCUGCUGGGGCGCGCGUGGAGGAAUGCCAGCCGCAACAAACCCGUGCUGAUUGUGACGCUGGCCCAGACCGUGCUGAUCGGCUUCCUGCUGGCCUGGCUCUACUCAAACAUGAGCCAGACGUCUCCCGGGGCCAUCGCGGACGAGACGGGCAUCCUGUUCUUCGUCACCAUCUUCACAGGCAGGCGCAGGGGCAAGGGGGAAAGGGAGUGGAGGGAUGGGGAGGGGCGAGUGUAG